AUGUUUAAGUUUGCGAUCGUCAGUAUUGCCCUGGUGGGAGCGGCUCUUGCGCUGCCCUACGAGCAUCACGGAUACAUCAACGAGGUCAAGCACAUCCCGUACAAGUACUACGGUGGCAUGGAAGGAGGUAUCGGAGGUGGAAUCGGUAUUGGAGGUGGUAUUGGCGGAGGAUUCGGAGGAAGUGAGGGUGGCUACAAGGAAGAGAGCGGUCUGGACUACUACUCGUACCCGAAGUACAAGUUCGAGUACGGAGUGAAGGACUACCAUACCGGAGAUCAUAAGAGCCAGUGGGAGAUGCGUGAUGGGGAUGUUGUCAAGGGAGAGUACACCCUGGAUGAGGCUGAUGGAACGAAGCGUAUCGUUGAGUACUACGCCGACAGCAAGACUGGUUUCGAGGCCAAGGUUAAGAACAUCGGACACGCUAUCGAGGGAAGUAUGGGAGGACAGGAAGGUGGAAUCGGUGGCGGAUACGGCCACGGAUACAGCUACAGCAAGCUCAAGAAGUACAACUAAGGCG